AUGCCUCAACAGAUGAUUCAGUGGGCCGAGGCUCAAGCCCUCCCUACUAAUGAUGCUAAAGUACUAAUUGAAUUUUUCAAAAAGUUGUUUAGUCGAUUUGGUGUACCAAAGGCCUUAAUAAGUGAUCGCGGGACUCAUUUCGUGAAUCACCAGCUUGCUAAGGUUUUAAAGAAGUAUGGGGUGACCCAUAGGUUCUCCACUUCUUAUCACCCUCAAACAAGCGGCCAAGUGGAAAACACAAAUAAGGCCUUGAAACGAAUUCUUGAAAAUAUCGUGCAUGAUAACCCCAAGAUUUGGGCCAAGAGGCUUGAUGAUGCCUUGUGGGCGUUUAGAACCGCCUACAAGACUCUAAUUGGCACUACUCCUUAUAAGUUUCUUUAUGGCAAAACUUGUCAUCUUCGGGUUGAGAUUGAACAUAAAGCCUAUUGGGCUUUGCAAAAUUGCAAUAUGGAUUUGAUUUUGGCAGGUGAGAAAAGGUUUUUGCAGUUGCACUAG